AUGUCAGCAUCAAACAAAGAGAAUAAUAUUACUGAUCAUGGAUCACGGAAGCCAAGAUCCGGCAGGGGAGGAACAGCACGACAGGAACGGAGGGCCUCCCAGGUCGUCAUCCAGCGAAAUCCCUGCGAUUUGCUAACAAGAAAAGACGAAGUCACGUUGAAACUAAAGGAUAGCAAGAAAGUUGGUACAUGGAAUGUCCGAAGUUUAUUCCAAGCCGGCAAAGUGGACAGUGUUAUUAACGAGAUGCAAAGACUAGUUGUCGAUAUCCUUGGGUGCAGCGAAGUAAGAUGGCCCAACUAUGGACAAUGUAGAAUAAAUGACCACACAGUGUACUACUCCGGAGAUACAUCGACUGGAAAUAAGAACGGAGUGGCUAUAAUAGUAAACAGAGAAGUUGAGAGAUGCGUACUCGGCUUUAUAGGAAUUUCAGAUAGAGUGGCAAUACUCAAAGUUAAUGCCAAACCAUUCAACAUGAACAUCAUUCAAACCUAUGCUCCAACCUCGGAAAGUUCAGAACAGGAACUCUAUGAACAACUCAAAAUGGCCCUAAAUCAUACCAAAAAACAAGAACUGAAUAUCAUAAUGGGGGAUUUCAAUGCCAAAAUAGGCAAAGGGACUGUAGACACGACAGUGGGCCAGUUUGGACUGGGAACUCGAAAUGAUAGAGGAGAUCGCCUUAUUCAGUUCUGCCAGGAAGUUGACAGUGCAGUAAUGAAUACACCAAUUACCACCUCGAAGACUUUAUACCUGGAGAUCUCCAGCUGA